AUUAAUUACAAUUCAUUAAAAAUCAAAAACCCCACUCACAUCCUCUCUCUCCAACUCCUUUCCCCCUUCUCUCUCUGCUAAAGAACCCUAAAUCUCCUCCGAUUUCGCCUUCUUCAUCUCCAUUCCAGCCACUCCUGUCCUAUUCAAGCAAAACCCAGUUCAUGAUUUCACUGAUUCGACAAUUGAUGGAAACAAAACCCUAAAAAAAAACCAAACCGAAAGCUUUGUUUUGUUUUGUUCUGUUGUGUUCCGUUUCCAGGUUAGCUGUAGAAAGAAAGAAACAAAACGAAAAAAAAAUGUACAAGAAUCAGCUGCAGGAGCUUGCGCAGAGGAGCUGCUUCGGCCUCCCUUCGUACACUUGCCUUAGGGAAGGUCCCGACCACGCGCCGCGAUUCAAGGCCACCGUCAACUUUAACGGCGAGAUCUUCGAGAGUCCUCAGUACUGUUCCACUCUCCGUCAAGCUGAGCACUCUGCUGCUGAGGUCGCUCUCGGUGCUCUCUCUAACCGUGGCCCUUCUCACUCUCUUGCCGCUAGGAUCUUGGAUGAGACGGGUGUGUACAAGAAUCUCUUGCAAGAGAUAGCUCAGAGAGUAGGAGCUCCUCUACCUCGUUAUACAACCUUCAGGUCUGGUCUUGGCCACCAACCCGUGUUUACUGGCACCGUGGAGUUAGCUGGAAUCACAUUCACCGGAGAUUCGGCUAAGAACAAGAAGCAAGCAGAGAAGAAUGCUGCUAUGGCUGCUUGGUCUUCCCUUAAACAACUGGCAAAAGAAACUUCAAGCUCAAUGCCUGAGCCUGACAACACUGACGAGCUAGAGCAGGUGAUAAUAGCAAGAGCCUUGAUAAACUAUCGUAUUAAGGAAAAUAUUGGCGGCAGUGGAAGCUCCUCAGCUGCGCCGGUUCCAUUUGCAAAGAAGUUCUUCAUGCAGAACCUUAGACCAACGAGUCCACAGCCUUCUCCUGCAACAACAUCGAGAAUCUUACCCUUCAUCUGCCCGAAACCUUCCUCUAGAACCUCCAGAUCCUCCGUAUCAGCAUCAUCCGUCGAAAGAGCCAUUGCAGCCGCUUUGGAUAACCGCAACUACAGGCCACCGCAGCAGAGAUUCGCCGCAAAUCCAGGAACGGCGGGAGCGCCACCUUAUGUUCCUAUGAGGCAUUUAAGAUCACCAUGCAACGGGAUGGCUCCGCCUGUCACGAUCAGAACAGCUGUACCGGUCUUCUCUGCACCUCCAAUGCCGCCUCCACCUUGUACAAACACUCAGCAGCAGCAGCAGCAGCAACCUUCUGUGUAUGUACCAUCGAUGAUGCGCAGUGCACCGCCUGUGAGGAUCGCGCCUCCUGUCACGAUGAGAACUGCGGUGCCUGUUUUUGCUUCUGCACCACAGAUCAGAAAGGAAGAGGCUUUACCUGUUAGGAAAGUGAAUAUCCAGACCUCUGUGAAGCCUGUGGUCCAGGAAAGAGAGGAAAGAGCUCCAAUCUUGCCUGAUAAUCUUGAAAUCGAGUUAGAAGGAAGCGGUAAACCAGUUUCAGAAACAGCAAAGGAAACCGAGAGAGCAGCGUUGAAGGAUGAUUUUAAAGGAGAACAUGAGACGGUAAAAGAGAGAUUGGAGAAUCUCAAAAUCUGGUAGAAGAAAACACUAUGAGCUUCUUUUUUUUCUGAGGUUGGUCUCUAAAAGUAGUUAUUAAACUCGGUGGAUCUGAGUAGUUUGGUAAUGAGAAGGAUUUGUAUUAUAUUGGGAGUCUUAGAAGGUAUGAUCUAUGGAUUCUAGUUUUGUAUCUGUUUUCACUUUCUUAUUCAAUCUGUUUCUGUCCUA